AUGGCCUACAUCGAGCCACGCCUCAUCCACCUGCUGAACGAUUCCACCACGCCACAGCUCGCUCACGCUGAUCUGCCGCCCCUCCGUCUAGCCUUCUCUCGUCCCUCCGAGAGGCCCUUCCCACUCGAGCCUGAGACCACCCAUCGCGAGGAAAACACCAAAGGGCCCUCGCUCGCCACCACUCACGGAGCCCCACCACAGAAUCCCGGCACCCUCGACGACAGCUUCUCCGCACGAGAUUCACGAAAGGAUGACGAACCACCAAUCGAUCGGGGAGCAGUCAACAGCACCGCGCACUUACAAUUGAGACUGCUCUUGGGCGACGACCGAGAUAACGUAGACUCCUCCUUUUCUCUGAGCAAGAUCCUCGAUGAGGUGCCCGAAAACAAAGAUGAUUCCGCAAAUAAGAAGAGGCACCGUAACGUUGCCACCAAGGAUGACUUUGUGCAGCUACCACAGCCGGUCAAGAAACAAAAGCCAAUUCAACCCCAAGUCAUGCCGACUAUGCCGCCUAUCAUCAAUGGCUUACACGAACCUCCUCCCGAUGCUGCGCUGUUCCCGCCCAUUGCCUCCAACGACUUCAACGAGCCCGAAAGCAACCAGCUUAAGCCGCUUCGAGAUUUCGCGCCUGUGCCCGAGGAGAAGGAUAUGGAAAUGGAGGUUGAGAAGCCCGCUGAGGCUGACUCGACAACAUCCAAGAACUCCAAAUCUAGUGGUGGCAAAACAAGGAAGAAGGCGAUGAAGCCGAGGCGCAAGUGGUCCGAAGCUGAGACAAACCACCUACUGCUGGGUGUCAAUCGGCACGGCGUUGGAAAGUGGACCGAUAUCCUUGCAGACCCCGACUUCAACUUCAAUGACCGAACUGCGGGCGACUUGAAGGACCGGUUUCGCACCUGCUGCCCGAACGAGUUGCGCAGGACCAACAGCGAACCGAAGAUUACAACUGCUGCUGCCGCGCCGCCAACGACUCCAACCGAACCAAAGGCCAAAGCUAAAACGGGUCUGCUGUCGGAAAAUAUACUCAUAGCCCAAGAUGAGGCUGCAGCCAGCGAAUCGUCCCAAAUGACACAGGCUGAUUUGGACGCCUUUCCUAAGAUGAAGAGGAGUAGGGCGCACCGCAAGAAGCUGGAGGAUUUAGCGGAGCUAGGAAUACACGGUCCAUUCAAGAAGUCUCACAGAAGAGAAAGACGACCUUUUACCGACCAAGACGACAAGCAAAUACUCGAAGGGCUGGACAAAUAUGGACCAGCCUGGACCAAGAUCCAGAGAGACCCACGCUUUAGUCUGUCUGGAAGACAACCGACCGACCUAAGAGACAGGGUUCGGAACAAGUACCCCAGCGUUUAUGCCAAGAUUGAGAAGGGACUUUUCCAGCCCCAGGACGGGCGAGGCGGCGAUACCCUCGAACCAACGGUUAGCAUGAGCAUCUCGAAUACUCUGCAGCCCAACAGGCCACCUCCCAUGGAGGCAGCAUUGAAUAGAACCAACUCAAAGGAAGACCUCCCUAGGUGGCCUUUGUCUGUCGUUGACAAUGGAGAACUGCCUGCCAGUCAGCAGGCCUUCGACUUUGGCGAAACGACUACGGCGACAUUCAUGGGAAGUGCGGGAGAGAUGGACAUCUCUCGCCUACUGCUGGACGACUCACAAGUCGCCAGCUCGACCGCGAUAUACGCACCCGAUCAGACGUCUGAAUCGACGUCACCACAACGUUCCGCUGGGUGUUGGAAUCUCAAUAGCCCUUCGGCAGCUUGA